UACUACAGCACUAGAGCUCUCAGGAACUAAACUCAAUAUAAACAGAAUGUACACAAAUUCCAUCCCCUUAAUCCCAUUCCCUCUUCAUCGCGAACUUUCACCUCGUCCUCGAGAUGCGGGCCUCGGUCUGCUUACGUCCUCGAGCUCUAGUGAGCAUCAAUGUUUCACAGCGCUCUUCUUUCCAGCCAUUAAUCAUAUCUACCUUCCGCAGUAGACCACAACCACAACCACAACCACACCUCACCUCGCCCUCUAUCCGCGCAUUUUCAAUAAGCACAACAAGAUGGAAAGAAGACUACGCCAGCCAGGCAAAAGCCCUGAACCAGAAAGGUCUCGAGGACCAAGAAUCCGGCUUCAACAACCAAAUCGACAACGCGAUCGGUCAAGCAGAGGAACUACAGGCCCGCACACCAUGGCACCGAGAAGGCAGUGACCAACCCCCCGUCAAGCGUCCCCGGAGCGCUGGAGCCAUGACCAAAGGCAAACUCCUGACCACCCCGUCCCGCCUCCUCAAACUGAUCCUCCCCCUCACAACCCUCGACAAGAACACAGACCGCAAAUCCAUCGAACCCCUCGCCCUGCUCGUGCACCCGCAACAACCGCUCUCCUACCUAGAACGACUGAUCCAAUCCGAGCUCCCGCUCAUAAAAUCCAAAGACGGGAAAGAUAAAGCGCCCCAGGUGUAUUUCCGCGCCGAGGAUAGCGUGCAGGAUGAGAUUAAAGCGGAUACGAGGGAUGGGUCUCUGCCUGCGUCUAAGGAGGAAGAAGAGCAGGAAGAGGGGAGCGAUGAGCAGAUGAUUGAUGGGAAGCUUGUUAAGUUGGGGAAGAUUGAGAAUUCGUUAGAGAAGAAGGAAGACCAGGAUUCGACAUCGCCAUAUGAUGUCGAUAAGAAGAAAUUGGAACAACACAUGCGCGGCGGCCCUGGUGAGGGAGGCGUAGAAUCAUAUUCUGGGAAGGGGAGAGAACGCUCUUCUCCCGAGGACGGGGAACGUAAGUUCGUGCGUUGGUCCUCGUCUACUGAGAUAGGAGACUUCAUCCGCGACGCCGCCCGCGGCGCCGAAUUCGCCGUCGAAAUCGAAGGUGCCUCGCACGAGAUCCUCGUCGGCGUUCCCUCCUUCAACGACCGCACGCACUACCUACGCGUACGUCUGCGCAAGACCUCACGGAAACUAGCCGACCUCGCCAGCUUGAAGAAAGAAUGCGAUGAGUUGGCACACAGGAGCGCGCAGCGGCUGGCCAUGGGUGGGUUUGCGGUGCUGCUUACGUGGUGGGGGGCUAUUUAUCAUUUUACGUUCCAGACGGAUUAUGGGUGGGAUACUAUGGAACCUAUUACUUAUCUAGCAGGUCUGUCAACGAUAAUGCUAGGUUACCUCUGGUUCCUGUAUCAUAAUCGCGAGGUUUCUUACCGGGCAGCACUCAACCUGACCGUCUCUCGGCGCCAAAACCACCUCUACCAGGUCCGUGGCUUCGAUGUGCAGAAAUGGGAAUCGUUGAUCGAGGAAGCGAAUGCGUUGCGGAAGGAGAUCAAGCAGGUGGCGAAUGAGUAUGAUGUAGAAUGGGACGAGAGACAAGAUGAGGGCAGUGAGGCGGUCCACGAUGCGCUGAAAGCGGAGCGAAGGAAGGGGAAGAAGGACGAAGAUGAUGAUGGAGACGAGGAUGAGAAACCGGACAAGAAGAGCGAUGGGAAGGAAAAGGGUGAUUGAGUUGUUGGUACGGAGAUUGUUCCGUUUGUUUGUUUUCUUUUUUCCCCAUGCUUCAGUCCUUGCAUCAGCGAGCGAGCGUCAUUCCGCAUAUCCCUAGACGCCGUCAUCAUUUUUCUUUCUCCUGCAGCAAACACGCAUAGAUACC